GUCGACAACACGGUGUCGUUUACCUCGACGCCGUGCAGCCUCCUCGGGCGCCUGGUCCCCGGAGGCUUCGAGUCUAGCCGAGCCCAGGGAUUUAGGGCGGACGGGGAGGCGGUCCGGAACGAUUCCUUCGCGGAACCUUUGAGGCGAGGCCUCCGGGGGUGCUCUGAGGGACGGACUGUGGCGGGCCCCGCCAAGCGGGUAGGGAUGGCGGCGAACGACGCGGCGCCGCGGGCCGCGGUGCCGGUGGAGCUGCAGCGGGAGCGACGGCUGGUGUGCGUGGAGUACCCGGGCGCGGUGCGCGACGUGGGGAAGAUGCUACGCACGCUGGGCGGUGAGGAGAGCGUCUCCCGGGUAAGGAGCGGGCGUUUGCGGGUCGACGGGGAGGGGCCUCGAGCAGGGGCGUGGCUAUCCGGCGGGGGCGUGGUCUCCAGCGAGCCUUGUUGCCUUGGACAAAGGCACACGGCUGGCCUCCCUGCGCACGGGCCCGGCCUGUUCUGCAGGUGGUCCUCGGCACUCCUGCUCCCAGCAUCUCUCUGUGCCCCCAGGGAAGGCUACAACAACCCCACCAUCACAGGGGAGAACCUGAUCGGCCUGAGUAGGGCCCGGCGCCCCCACAAUGCCAUCUUUGUCAACUUUGAGGAUGCUGAGGUCCCUGUGCAGCCUCUGGAGGCCGCGGUGCAGACGUGGAGGAGGGCCUGCACCAACCCCAUAGACCAGAAGGUAGAGGAGGAACUGAGGAAGCUGUUCGACAUCCGUCCCAUCUGGUCACGCAAUGCUGUCAAGGCCAACAUCAGCGUCCACCCUGACAAGCUCAAGAUCCUGCUUCCCUUCAUGGCCUAUUACAUGAUAACAGGCCCCUGGAGAAGUCUGUGGAUCCGGUUUGGCUAUGACCCCCGGACACACUCCGAGGCCAAGAUUUACCAAGUCCUUGACUUCCGAAUCCGCUGUGGAAUGAAAUAUGGCGGCAGCGAGAUGCCUGUCAAGGCAAAGCGCAGCACCUACAACUACAGCCUGCCCAUCACAGUCAAGAAGACGCCCAGCCAGCUUGUCACCAUGCACGACCUGAAGCAGGGCCUGGGCCCGUCGGGGGUGUCUGGCCCACGGAAACAGACCUCCAACAAGUAUAAGCUCAAGGACUCGGUGUAUGUCUUCCGGGAGGGAGCCUUGCCCCCCUAUCGCCAGAUGUUCUACCAGUUGUGCGACUUGAACGUGGAGGGGUUGCAGAAGAUCAUCCACCGCAAUGACGGGGAGGAGAGCACGUGCACAGAGCGGGAUGGGUGGUGCCUCCCCAAGACCACCGACGAGCUGAGGGACACCAUGUCCCUCAUGAUCCGCCAGACCAUCCGCUCCAAGAGGCCUGCUCUCUUCUCCAGCCCAGACAAGGCUGACCAUGCAAAAGAGCAGCUGAUGUUUGAAUCCGGGGAGGAGGAGGAGGAGGAAGAGGAAGAGGAAGAGGAGGAAGAUUUCAAGCCCUCGGACGGAAGUGAGAAUGAGAUGGAGACAGAGAUUCUGGACUACGUGUGACCAAGCCCUGGGCCCCAGGCUGAGCGGUCUGUGCUGGUAGUACCUGUGCCCUGCCCCAGUUGGGUGAGAUGAGGAAGCCAGCCCAGUCCAUUUCCAACAACUGUCUCUUCAGCGUUUGCUGGAAACAGACUGAUGGCCCCGCAGCUUGCUGGGAGGAGCCUGAGGCUGAGGUCUCUGCCAGCCCUGCUUCCCGGAAGAUCGCCCUGGAAGCUUCCUGCCCUGCCCACAGGACAGCUCCAGUCACACUGUUUCCAAAGCCAAAUUCUUCAAGCCAGCCCCAGCUUGCUGAUGAGAUUCCUGGAAAGCCCCAUCUCAAGGCAGGACUGGCAGCCUAAUGAGGAGCCCAGCUUGGAACCAGCUGUGCUGGCAAUUACAGUCUCCUGUCCUGCAGAAAACACUCACACCGGAGGCAAGGGGAGAAGCACUCCCCUCCCCUCCUUUCCAGUCCCCUUCUUGGUAAGACCUCUUGCUGGAGCUGUUGGCCUUGCUCUGGGGCUGUCUCCCACUGCUGACAUCCCAUCUUCCUGGUCCCUGGACAAGUCUGAGGCAGGUGCUGGGGCAGGGCACCCCCCCCAGGCCCUACUCUCCCGAGCCCAGCCAGCCCACGCUGCCUUAGGUCUGACUAAGAGCUUCCUGAAGUCUUCGCAAGUUCCAAAAGAAUGGCAAUUCUUCUCUUUUUAAAUAAAGGUGGUUUAUUAUGAA